AUGCAGCCCGUGACGUCGCGGCUUCUCGAACCUGAAGCGGUGCCAGUGCAAGGAGUCCUCAAGCCUCUCGGGCGCAGCUAUGAGGAAGUACGUGAGAAGGCCGUUGUGGCCCGCAGAACCCUUCGCACAACAGUCUUAGCAGCUGAGCUUCUUCAUCUGAGCAUUUGCGCAGCCCUCCUGACCUCGGAGGCAUUAGCUGCUGCAAUUGCCAACGACGGGAUGCUCUUCAGAGGGAGCCAUGGCUUUGAAGAAGCCGUGUCGAUGUCGCUGCUGGCACUGAGCCCCAUCUUGUCGGCAGUCGCCACCGCGGUGUUGUGCUGUCGGGACCUGGCUGUGGAUCCGGGCCUUUCACCAGCCUUUGCGCUCCUUGCUCUUUUUGCAGCUGCUGAAGCAUGCUUCUUGGCCGUGAGCUCAGCAGGCACCGACCGUGCAAUGCAUGCGUUCGGUUGGCCCCUGGAGCUGUUGGUGGCGCUCGGUCGCAGUGGAGCUGCCCUGGCAGCUGGCAGGCCACGAAUAGAGGCUCCGGCGCAGGAGCCCCGAGCUUCACCAAAACCUGUGGGAAUGCGGACAAAGCGAAGGCUUCCACCGACCGAGGCUCCACCCAGUUCAGAGGGUGCCAUCGAGAGCGAGGUGAAACACAGCGUGACCCCUGUGACCGAGGAGACGUUGGCGCGGCCCGCGCAGUCUUGUGCCCUGCUCGACUUCGAGGAACUAGACUAUCAGUCAGCAAGUCCAGAGGAGUGGAAGCAGAAGCUACUGGAGCAGUUGCGGGCAACGCUUGGGAUCACGGAUGAAGCGUGCUCGGGAUUUCAUCUGGACUUUAGACACGGUGCAGCAGGCAGCCUGGUGGCCGAAAUUCGAGCACCAGAAACAGCCCUGCAGUCUCUGCUAAAAGCCAACAAGCCCUUGGUGCUCAGUCACUGCGGUGUCGUCGCUGCAGCACUACCGACAGGCCCGAACAAAGCACAAGAAGGCCUCCAUCACAGUCACUGCGCAGCAGCUCGUGUGGUCAUGGCGUCCGUGAGGACAUGGCAAAGGCAGCUGCACAUGGAGAUGGAAGACCUGAGGAACAAGUGCCAACAGCGUUUUCAGGAAAUAGAGGAGCACUACACCUCUUUCAGCAACCGAUCCCAAGAGCAGCACUCCCGCCUGAAGAGCCUUGAGGCUAAGGCGCAGCUGUCAUUAUAUCGGCCUGCCCUCACUGACUCUGUCGAAGUGGCAGGGCAUCCGCGCUCACCAGAGCAGCAUCCUGCACCGUUCCCGCAAGCGCAGGCGGUGGAGGCUGGAGCUGGAGCUGAAGCUGCUGCUGCUUCCGUCGCACGCCGCGUGACGGAACGUGUGCGACAAGACCUGGAGGCCGAGAUGGAGACGCUGCGGCACCGAUUUGCGCAGGUCGUCCGUGACGUGGAGGGUCUUCACCGGAGUGCGGCCAUCGGCCGUGCACAGGCUGCAGAGGCAUCGGCGGCUUCCCUUCGGCAACUUCUCGUGGAGGCUCUGAUCCGACCUGGUCGACCCGACGAAGCCCAACAAUUGGCUCUCAAACUUCUGAGCCAGGCGCUAAAUGCCGCGACCCUUCUCUCGGCAGCCUCGCUCUCACCCGAGCCGAGCAGUCCGAUCGCAGAGAUUUUCAAGAAGCACGAGAGCGCGGUGGAGACCAGGAAAAUCUGUGAAGACAUCUUGGCGGAGCGGAUCCAAGACCUCCUAGCAGAUGGCCGCGGGGCACACGGUGCCGUUGCCAGCGCUCUCGGCAUGGAGAGCUCGGCAAGUGCUGCUCUUCCCAGUCAGCAGGCCCAGCAGGCUGUGUUGCCGCCACCGCCUCGUAGUACUUCCGAGCCAAGGAAGCCUGGAGCGGCUUUCCGCCCGAUGAGACUGGCGGCUCUGGGGCCAGCUACACAUCGGGCAGGCUCUGCCCGGGGAGAAGGACAUGCAUUGUACGCAGGCCAGUAUCCGCUGGAGUGA